AUGCUAUUUAAAAUACUAAUCAUUGGUGACGUGGGUACUGGUAAAUCAUCAAUCGUAAGGCGAUAUGUUCAUAACUUGUUCAAUCAGUACUACAAAGCUACGGUUGGUGUCGAUUUUGCUUUGAAACUACUAGUAUGGGAUUUGGACGUGCUGGUUAGGUUACAGUUAUGGGACAUAUCAGGACAAGAUCGGUUUGGAAACAUGACACGAGUGUACUAUAAGGACUCUCACGGCGCAGUUAUUGUUUUCGACUCUACUAGAAACGACACGUAUGACGGAGCUUUAAGAUGGAAAGCCGAUUUGGAUAAUAAGGUGAACUUGGCAGAUGGUAAACCCCUUCCUUCAGUACUUCUGGCUAAUAAGUGCGAUGUCGAAAACAACGUGACUGACGAGAAGUUGAUCGAAUAUUGCAAAAAGGAAGGGUUUGUUGGAGGUUUUCGUACGUCAGCGAAAGCAAACAUUGGUAUUGAAGAAGCUUUUAGAUACCUUACUGGCAGGAUAAUAGAAAGAGAAAAAGAAGGACAGUAUGAAAUUCCGGUUUUGCAGCAUGAUGGUAACUUAAGAAAAAUAAACUUGUCAUUAAAUAAUAAAGCUCAGGGCUCUACCAGAUGUUGCACAUAA